AUGACGGCUUCCUGCAACCGGGGCUGGGCCAUCCCAGCUUGUCAACAGAACGCUGGUCUCCGUGGCAACUCGGCUCACCUGGCCCGGCCCAGCCACCUGCAGGCCCUGAGGCCUGGCCCUGCUGAGGUGGCCAACUGCCUCUCCCAGGCCCUGCUCCUGGGCCCCACGCAGCUUCGCCUCCAGACUUGUGCAGCGAGUCAGCUGGGGAGAAGAAAGAGACUGUCCCUGCACUCACAGCUGGGUGAAAAGAAGAAAAAGGAAGAGGAGGCGGAUGGGGCCCAGAAGGAGGCGGAUGGGGCCCAGGAGGCGGCAGGUGGGGCCCAGGAGGCGCCCCAAAGCACGCGGCAGGCCACCGGGCGACGGCACUGGCGCAUGCUCCAGAAAGGCUUCCGGCAUGCCGUGGAAAAGAUGAAGAACGAGGAGAUGAAGGUGGCCUACCUGAGCCACGGCCUGCAGCACCUGUGCCGCGUUGCCUUUGCCAGCCCCGUGCGCCACGUGGCUCAUGAUUCGCUCCGGCGGAUCUUUGUGGUGCUGGACUCGGCGAACCUGCUGCACUUCUUGAAGGAGGACGGGACCUACAGGAGCUGCAAGAGAGCCCCCGCCCCCAUGGCCGGGCUCCUGCACGCCACCGAAGUGGACCGGUUCGUAGCCUGGGACAAGGGGGGGCUCCAAGUGUUGGACUCUGACUUCCAGCCGCUCUCCCAGGUGCAGUCCACGGUGCCCAUCCGCUGUGGCCGUUACAGCGAGCAGCUGAACCGGAUCGUGACCGUGGGUGAGGGCAACCUGACCCUCUGGGACUUCCGCUAUGGCUUCCGGAGCCUGCACUGCCUCAUCACAGUGAGCCAGGGCCUGGUGCCCAGCGACGCCUUCAGGCACCUCGUCUUGGGGGGCGGCAGCGCGGGGAGCCAGCGCUGCUUUGCGGCUUGUGACACUGGCGCUGCUGCCUUCGAUGUCUCCAAGGGCAAGCUCCUCUCCUUCAAGAAGGAGCUCCAUAGCAGGGUGAUCACGGAUAUUACCUACUGCGAAGCCAUUGGCUGUGCUGUUACGGCCUCCCGAGACACAACCAUCAAGGUCUGGGACAAGGACUGGAACAUCCAGACGGUUUUCGUGGGCCACACCGCGCCGGUGAUUGCUGUGACCAUCUACCCUCAGAGGCCCCUCAUCUUCUCUGCCUCCCAAGACGGCACCAUUCGCACGUGGAACCUUGACACCAUCGACCAGGUGGAUCAGGUCCACAUCUCGGAGCCGGUGGAGGCCCUGGAGACCAAAACCGCGUCCCACGUCGUCUCCAUCUCCGGCUCGUCCCUGAACGUCUGGAAGAUCAACCAGCUCUACUCGCUGCACACACUCCUGGGCUCCCCCGUCAAGCGCCUCAGCUGCUUCAACCUGAAGGCGGUGGGCGACUUCCCCAUCCGCAUCCUCUGUGCCUGCCAGGAUUCCACGGUGAGGCUGCUGGACGCGGAGAGUGGCCAAGCCCACGCUGCCCUCUUGCUGGAGCUGCCUUGCCAGGCCCGGGACGUGGCCUACUGCUUGCCCCGGGAGACCCUCUUUGUGCUGACAGAGCACGGCGCCCUCUUGCGCGCCAACGCCGCGGCCGACCCCAUGGUGGUCAAGAAGCACACGCCCGCCGGCUCCUGGGACUCCCGGCCCUGCUGCCUCCUGCUCUACAGCCACACCGUCGACCCCAAGGGGGCCUACAGCACGUGGCUGCAAGUGACCGAGAACAAAGGCCACCGGAAGCCGUGGCAGAAAGUCCCACUCAAAAUGCAGGACAAAAACAGGUACUUGCUAUUUCUGGGGCAUCAGAACGGGUCCCUCAGUGCGGUGGAAUGGUUUUCAGGCCGGAUCCAGUACACGGUGGAGGCUCACGGCACUAAACCAGUCACGGUGCUGGCUGAAUACCCCACCCAGACAUGUGUCAUUUCAGCAGGUGCCGAUCUCACGGUGAAGCUGUGGCGCCUCUUCCCCUACGCGGAGGAGUGCCUGGUCCCGCUCCUGUGCUUCUCCUGCGCCUCGCCCGUGUCGCACCUGUGCUCUCUGGGAGAGACGCUGGCGGUGGCCUUCCAGGACCCGGACACCGUGACCUACAGCAUCGUCUACUACAACCUGAUGACGCAGACGCGGGCUGAGCACGGGCCCGAGGACGACGCCCAGGACGGCAUCACGGGCCUCUGCUGCUGCCCCAACCUGAAGCUCUUUGCCUCGGCCAGCAGAGACGGCUCCGUGAAGGUCUGGGACAUCAAGAACAAGCUGCUGCGGCACCUGAAGCUGAACACCAUCCCGGAGAGCCUGGCUUUUGCCAACCACUGGGGAGACCUGCUAGUUGGCAUUGAGCGGCACCUCUACCUCAUCCACCAUAGCAAGUACCUGCCCAGCUACUACAAGAUGAAGCUGCUGUGUGAAAAGUUCCUGGAGCCCCUCAAGGAUGUCCCCCUCCCCAUCAGUGACUCCUGCUUUGAGGACCUUGUCAGGGAGAACAUCAGGCGGCUGAAGCAGGAACCACCCCUGGAGGAAACUGAGUCACCUCUGCCUGCAUCCCGCCAGAUGGACUUGCAAGAAUCAAGGGUGAUUGGUGGCAUCCCUGGCAAGCUGAUCAAGAACCACCAGGACUUGCAGCUCCUCCAGAAGGGGAAGAUAAGCGCGGCCAAGAAAUUGCGGGUCACCAAGGACAUGAAGGAGGAGGCCUUUGAGCAGUACCUGCGGAUAUUCUACAAGAAGCAGCCCAAAGUUGAGAUCCCUGAGGAAGACAUCUUUAAUGCGGAUGAGGUGCUGGAAGCCAUCCGCAAGGUUGACUCCAUAUCUGAGCUCUACGGCCCAAAUCAGUGCAACAUGUUUCUGGGGUGCUUCCGUCAACCCUCCGUUCUGAAAGAUGUCGGCCAGACAUUAGUGGAUGCCAGCGCCCCCGCCAAAGUCAGCCUAUCAGCUCCCUCGACGGUCACACCCUCCGUUUGGUUCAAGGUCCCCUCCGAAACGAGGGCCCCCUCUGGGAUCAGAGCGGCUCUUUCCCAAGCAGGGGCGCUCCAGGAAGAGCAGGCGCAGGAGCAGGCCCCCAUAGAGAGGAAGCAGCUCCCCCUGCCUUCCCCCAUCCCCUCUAUGGAUAUGGCCCAGUCCUCCGUCGCCUCUGCCCCAGAUGAAGCGCAGGAAGAGCCCCAGGACGGGGCGCAGAGGGGGCCCCUGCAGUGGAGAGCUGUCUCUCUGGGCAUCCCGGUCGCCAUCAGGGAACCCAUGGAGAGGAAGACCAGGAUGCGCAGGAUGAAGGUUGCUAAAGUCCCGGGCAUGGCCAAAGGGGCUGAAACGGAGCUGCCACUCUUGCCCCCAUCGCAAGCCUCCCCGACCUCCAGUUUCACAGGGGACUUCGUCAAGGGCGAGAAGAGCACUGCUUCUGCCGAGCUUCCCUCGGUGCGUGGGAGCCGGGAGUCGGACAGGCAGAUCGAUUCUCCUUCGCGUCUGAGGAGCAAAGCAUCUUCUGUCGUCAUCAAGGACUCCUCCAAGAUAGAGAGGCAGCGUUUAAUCAAGGAGUGGCUCAGGUCGAAGAUGGAUCUGGAGAACCAGAGCUUACCGCUGCCCAGGACCUCAUCUGGGUUCAUCCCCAAUUCAGUGCUGGCCCAGGAGUUUUACAGCCAGGAGGAGCUGCUGAAGGAGGAGAGAAUCAUGAGGGUGAUAGGACCCCAGGAGAGGCAGUCAUGCCUCAGUACCCCAGCUGCAGGGGAACACAGCGGUCCUUCGUCCCUCCUCUCUCCUUUGUUUCAGAGCCUGCCUGAGGUUUUCCUGACUCAGCUGGAUGAAUCCCAGUAUCCGGAACUGGAGAGAAAGCCGCCAUCCUUCAUCUUGCCGUUUUCGGGCACGGAGUGGUACAAGAAGCUUUUCCCCGAGGGUUUUCCACCUGAGAUGAGCUUGAGUGGGUUCGUGGCCAAGCUCCUGUCUGCCAUGCUCCUGGCCGACUUUGGCACAAAGGUGGAGAUACUGGAUGCCAUCAUGACCCUGCAAAACAAGUUGGAGGAUGGGAUGAAAGCGAUGGUCCACGACACCCUUAUUUACACUUUGAACAAGAGGGGUGAAGUCCCGUCCAUUCUGCAAAGGGAUCAGAGGAAGUUCAUCCUGUUUGCCCUGCGAGCCCUCCUGAGAAUCAACAAGGACAGCAAGGAGCUCAUAGUGGAGCUGAUGACCUUCUACCUGGAGUCUCCUGCCCCAAUCAGGUCAGUUAUUAAGGAUAUGAUAAAGGAAUUGGGCUUACGGGAUCCUCGCAACUAUUUUGUCAAUGAGCUGGACUCCUGGCCGGUGGAAAGAGACGACUCCAAAGAGGCCCUGCGUGGAAGCUGCAAGCAUUGGCUGGAAGGGAUGAUGUGGGAACUCCAGGAACACAGGACUCACAUUUUGAGCCAUCAAGUUCCACUGGAAAGGAAAUAUUCAUUUGAGAGCUGUCUGAAGGAGCAGCGCAGUGAAGUUCUGGACCAUGUGGGGCAGCCAGCGAGGAAAGCCAACUUGGAGACCCUCAAAGAGGAAGACCUGGAUGACAGCACAGACCUUGAGGAGCAGCCUGUGGCGAAAGACUCCUUUGAGAGAUUUCAGAAGGCAAAAGAGGCUGCUCCGCCUUGGAUGCGGUCCGUGUGUGCCAUAGACGCCGUCCAGUCCUUCAUUGACAAGCAGUUGGAGAAAGAGCUGAUGGAGAUGAAGCGGCUGGUCUCGUCUGCCGCGCUGUCGCCCAAGGACACCGUCAUGGCCCUGCCCCCGAUUCAGAAGAGACACGCCAUCCUGCGACUAGGAGAAACCAACGCAAUGUUGAGGAAGAGAAUACCUGAGCGCUUCUACUUCCCGUAUAUCUUCCCACGCUAUCUCAUGAAAGGUUUUGUCCCGUUUAUGAAACUUCCUCUGCCGAAAAUCAACUUGGACCCAUUUCCAUCCCCUUUGGAGAGGCCGGCUUCACCAAAAACAUUCACCGCCAUGCAACAGGUGGUACAGAGAUAUUUCAUCCCCAAGUUUUCAUAUGCUGACAGCUAUCCUUAAGGGCGCAGCAGGCUUGCAUUAUCUCUGAAGCG